GUUCUAUUCGUCAUCUUUACAUUAUCUGGCGACCACGUGUUUGUAUUUUGAACAAAGAAACUAAUGUUGGUGCACUUGAACAAAGGGCUAGUUUGUUAUUGCUUCUGAUUAAUAUUUUGUAUUAAAAAAAGGUUCAAUUCAUACGGGGUCGUGAAAUAGCAAAAUAUAAUUUAAAUGUGUGUUGUUAAAAAUAAUAAUAUUGCUUGUCAAAAUUGUUUUGUGGUCUUUAGUAGUACCAGUGGCUUUGUUUGGGUAAAGCACGUGUUGUUCGUGUACCAUGUGCUGUGCUAAAAUCACGGGGAAAUAAACAUCUUACAUUCGCAUGGCUAAAGGUUUUGCAAGAACUCCAGCUCAGAAUGUUUUUAAUGAAUAUUAACCAGAAUUUAAGAUCUGAACCUGAAAUCUUCGCAAAAUGUUGUAAGAUAAAAGCAUUGAGGGCAAAGACAAACACCUACAUUAAGACGCCAGUUCGUGGAGAGGAACCAGUAUUUGUUGUCACUGGGAGAAAAGAAGAUGUCAACCUGGCCAAAAGGGAGAUUCUGUCAGCAGCUGAGCACUUCAGCCAGAUAAGAGCAUCUAGGAGGAAUAGUAGUGUUUCCAGUAAUGGACCCCCCAGUCCCAGUGCUCCAGGACAGGUGACCAUUCAGGUCAGAGUUCCUUAUAAAGUGGUUGGUCUUGUAGUUGGACCAAAAGGUGCUACAAUUAAAAGAAUUCAGCAGCAGACCCACACAUAUAUUGUUACACCUAGUCGAGAUAAAGAACCUGUUUUCGAGGUAACUGGACUUGCAGAGAAUGUGGAUAAGGCCAAAAUUGAAAUAGAAAGUCAUAUAGCCAUCCGUACUGGAGGUCAGAUAGAGGGACAAGAAGAUGACUUCCACAACAAUGGGAUAGACUCUGGUUUUCAGGAAAUGAAUGGGAACAAUUUCCUUGCAUUCAAGUCAAUGAAUGGAUUCAAUUCCUUCACUGACUAUCAGAACACUCUGAAUGGAAGUAAGCUUAUGUCACAACGCAACUUUGAAUCUUCAGUAUUCAAUUUCCCACCAGUCUCAAAGAUUUCAGAUUUCGCACCUCUGACAAUGAACACUGGCUUCACUAAUGGUUUCGGUAUGUAUGACAACGAUGAAGGUUUUGGAGGGUCACCACAGUUUGACCAAAUGCCACCCUCAAACUCCAUUUGGCCAGAUUCUAUAACAGGACUUGGGGGAUCAUCUUUCCAACGUCGCUGUAGUAGUUUGGGUAGUGCAGCAUCACAACACAGUCUAUCACCACCACUUACAGAUUCCAACAGCCAGUCCAGUGGUCAGAAUUCACCACCAGUCUCCGAUCUAGUCCGUCAAAUGAAUGGUGAUUUCAAUCCCUCGUCAACCACCACUGUUUCAACUGCUUUUGGAAACAUCACAACUACUGCAAGCUAUGCUCCAAGUUCAUGCGAUCAAGAUAUACUGUCCAGUGACAGCAUUAGUGCAUCAAUCAUCAACAAUGUUGUGGAUUCACCAAAAAUGAUGGGAGGAAUAUCCUGUCCUGUUAAAGUUCCAACAUUGAAUGGUCAACCACACCGACAGUGUUUAAUGUGUUCAGAAAGUAACAUUGUUGCAGCUCUUGUACCAUGCGGACACAAUCUGUUUUGUAUGGAGUGUGCGAGUUUGAUUGUGGAAAAGCCCGUUAUGGACCGCCUAUGUCCAGUUUGUCUCCAAACACCUACUCAGGCUAUCCGAAUAUUUUCAUAACAGAUUCAGGACUUGUCAUUUAUCAUUUCAUCAAGACUUUCCUGCAUUCAACAAUCGGACUCUAUGAGAUUAAGUUAUUAUAUGACAUGGAUAUUAUUAUUAUUUAUGAUAGGUACCGUACAUAGUUUACAUACCAACUUGUGCAUUUAUUGUCUCCUCAGGUGUUACAAAUGUCAAUUAAAUCAUGUAAUCAUUCAUCUCACAUUAUCAUAUUGAAAAUGUUACUUGGAAUUCUCUAAAAAAGGGGGAGGGGAAAAUAGUAAUAAAUGAACAUAGUCCUGUUUUACUUGUAUCCCUAGGAAAAACAUGGUUUUUAUAGACUAAAUCCUAUUAGUUCAUAAGUUAAGCUAACAACCAAAGUUUUGAUUAAGUAACUAGUAUUCUCAAUAAUUUUAUUUUGAAUCCAUUGUUCAUGUAUUGACAUUUAUAGCACAAGAUGGUGAUAGCAUUGUUUUUUUUUUGUUGAAAUAUUAUUUUUGUACCAGUUUGGCCAAAUGAACAAUUAUUAUUUUAUUCUUGUGUUAAUAUAUUGUAGUUUAGUUUUUUUUGUUAACUUUAAGAUAUUUUUGUUGUAUUUAUUCCUGAAGAAAGGAACUCGUAAUUCGUUACAAGACUGUUAAAUGCUCAAUUCGUUAGUGCUUUUGUUUUUAUUUUGGGACGCAGGUUGUGAAAACAUGCAGCAUUUGAAACAAAGAUUUAAGAAAGAGUGUUUACUUUUUUUUAGGAGUGUAAUUAAAAUGUUUUGGAUUUUUUUUUUUGCAUUUUUGGUUCUAAUAAAUUUAUGCAUAUGAAAUGUAGUUAGAAUUGACUUUAAAUUCAAAUAAUUAUUCAAAUUUUACCAUAAUAUAUGAUUAUGGAAUUUAGCACAUAUAGCUUUAUUGUUGCGAUGAAGGAAGACUAUUGAUUUGACUGCUUACAAUUUUAUUUGGUUUAACUUUUAAUUUAUUAAGGCAUAAUGUUAAAAAGAAUCUUUCAUGUUUUGGUGCAAUUUUGUUUGUUGAUUGUCUCAUUAAAUGUUUAUAUUGUAUAUACAUAAUAUAUAUUAUUAAGAGUUAUAUAAAGCAUUUAUUUUCAUAGACAGAGCUGGAAGAGAUCUGCAUUUUAUUAACAGUUGCAAAGUAGUAUUGAUUUUUUUGUGGUAGCAUUUCUCCCUUCUAACUUCUUGAUACAUAGUAAAUUUUAGACUAGAAAUUUGAGUAAAAAGUGUUGUUUUUUAAAAUAUUAUUGUAAAUGGCAAAAAAAUAUUCUUUGGGUACUUUGGUGUCUGUUUUAUUUAGUUGUUUAAUCUACUUGCUCUGUGUCAAUUAUACAUUUUUAUUUUAUAAAUCCUUAUAAAUCAUUUCAUUUGCAUCAGAUAUAUUUGUGAACUGUUCAUUUAGGGAAGAAGUUAUUCCAUUUUUAUAUAAAGUAAAAGUUUGCAGAAGAAAGACCAAAGCCAACUGGAAACAGUUCAGGGUUGUAUUUUUCCAUUCCAUAUGGUUGAGUUUUUAUUUUGUUACUUGUUUUUAAGAUAUUUUAUCUUUUUCAUAAUCCAAAAUAUAAAUCUGCUUUUUAUCAUCUACACAAUUUUCUUCUAUUUUUUUUACAUUUCUAGAGAGGUUGUCUCCCUUUGUCACCUAAAACAAUGAAAUCUAUGCAGUUAAACACAAAAUUGUUUAUUCAGUCAUUCAGAUACAUUUCUCAUCAUAUCAUUUUAUUCAUGAAGAAUCCAACAUUAUAAUUCAUAUAAGAGUUUUCAUAUCUAAUACUGUAGAGUGGAUUAUUCUCUCCUCAUUUUUCACUUCUUCAACCUGUUAGAGAGGUUUUAUUUCUAUAUUUGAAGUCCUUGUUUCUGAUAUUCAAUAAAGACCAAGUUAACAUGCUAAAGGUAUCUUAAUCUUGAAAUUAGUGAACAUAAUCACCAAGAAAAUUUGUCCACUCUACAGUAGGAUUUUAUGUAUAUGUACUUAAUCAAACGGUGACUGUGGCCUACUGCUUUUGCAGACCAGAAUUUACAAAGAUACUGAAAGAAUUUCAACUUAUGUAUGAUACCAUUAUAUUUAUACCAUUUUUGUUAAGCUUCAAUUCAUCUCACAGUUAGUAUUUACUAUAUGGUCCACCUAAUUUCAUCAAACAAGAUAUGCAAUAAAUGCCUAUUUAUUAUUGGGUAAUUUUCUCACUUGAAUGUUUUCAGAUAAUCACAAUAUUAUUUUUGUUUUAAAUUAUAUUUUAAUCCCACUGUCAAAAGUAUUUUAUAGUACUUGAAAAAUAAAAGAAAGAUUUUAUUCUAUAUUAUUAUAUAACAAUUUUUGCACAAUAUUGUUCUGUAGUACAGAAGGGUGUGUGGAUAUGUGGAUCAUUUCAAUUUAGAUUUUCAUUUUUAUAGAACGUAUUCCGAAGAAGAUAUGCAGUUACUAUGGUUGUAUUGUAAACUUGUUACUUUUGUACAUAAAACUUAUGCAAAGGUAUUCAGCCAUUAUGUCCUUGAUGGAAUCUUUUCUUUUAUAAGCUAACAUUUUUUAGUUUGGUUCAAAUUUUUACAUUUUCUUUGCCAAAAUUUUUGCUCCUAAGAACUUACAACAAUGAGUAGUGCUUUAAAUGUAUUCAAGCAUCGAACAAGUUAGCAUUUUGUUAAAUUUUUCGUAAAGAUUUAUAUAGAAUGAUCUUCCUGACAAACCAAUAUUAUAACACUGUGAUAUAUGUUUAGCUUAUUAGCUAUGUUUACACCAGAAAUUCUGAUCAGUGAUCAGUAAAUUUUUUCUUCUACCGAAAACAUAUAAAUGGCUUAAGAAGAAUGAAAUAAAUUGUUUUGUUUCAAUAUUUCAAAUGGCAAAGCAAUUUAAAAUUGAAAUUUACAAGAGGCAUGACAAUUUAUGGAAAAUCCAGCUGCGUCUUUUUUUCAUGGAAAAGGAUGUUUUCGAAUUGCAAAAUCUAUUUGAUAGCUGCAAAUUCAUCACUUUGAAAGAGCUUUUUCGUUUUAAGGAAGUUUUUUUUUCAUGAAAUGAUUUGAUCUGAUUAGAUUUUCUGGUGUGUAUGUUGUGUUAAAUCAAAUGGCUAUAUGUUGGACAAAUUUUUUACAUUUAUAUUUUAUACUAGGCUUUGCUCGUUGUGAAAGAUAAGUCGUGCCAGGGAAUUUGGUUAGUGAUAUUCUAGUCUGUGUUGUAUAUAGAGCUUGUAUAUUUAAAUUUCAAUACUUCUAUGCAUUCUUUUUUCUUUCUGAGUAAAUUUUGUCUGCUAGCAGAGCUAGUGAAUUUUUCUCCUAAGGAUUAUGGACUUUAAACAAUGCUUCCUAUUCACAAACAAGUUGUAACUAAAGUUAGCUGCAAAAGGCUUCAAACAUUUAUUAUACAUGAAAUUAGUUUAAAAAAAAUAGAUGGCUAAAUCAAAAAUCAGUCAAAAGACAUGCACAGUACCGGUAUUCAUGGAAUACAUGAUAGGUUGAAAGAAAUUUGUUUCAAGACGCAACCUUUAUGACUAAAAAUGUAUAUUAUAAUGAAUUUUGACAAUGCAGAUUUACAUCAAAGUUCAUAAUUCUUCUAGUACCAAAGGUUGUAUAUAGAUUUCCACUUUUUACUAUCCUUUUAGAUUUUGUUUUAUAUAUGAAAUACAUGUACUUGUAUUGAGUAAGAUGUAAGUACAUGUAUCCCUGGCAUGGCAGAUAUCUAUGAAAUGAUCCAGUAUAUUUGUGUUAAUUGUUUUUGAGGUAUAAUAUAUAUAUUAUUUUGUAUAUUUGAAAGUUAUUGCGAGAGAUGAGCAGAAGUGAUGCAUAAGAUGAUAGUUUAGUAUUUUCUAUUUUAUUAUAUUAACUUACAUUUAAAUUUGUCCCAAAAUAUUGAGUGUUGUAAGAAUGUGUUCAAAUUAAGCAAAUACAAAGAAACUGUUUAUGAAGUAUAUUUUAUUUUAAAGGGCACGAUAAGAGUAACUGCCUAUGUAUAAUUAUUAUAUUUCAUGAAUAUCAAAGAAUUAUAAAUUGUAAAAGUUUUAUUUUUCUGCAAAUAAAAUUAUAAACUACAA